AUGGAGCCCGGUUCUUCUCCAAGAGUCAUAAGUUCUCGAAAACGCGUAACAUAUAAACCCAGCACAUGGAGCGUGCAUCAAUUUGAAAUAUGGUGUGGCGAGUUUGUCUGCCGUGCAGUAUCUCUGCGAUUGGAAGGUGCCGUGUUACUGUGGUUAGGCGGUGGAGGUGCAGCAAAACUCGACGAGAUCGCCCUGGGAAUGCCGCCCUUGCAGGAGGGCAAUAGCGGGCGUUCGGGGCUGGCCACCACGCUGCUAGGGUCGGACGGUACGGCGUCAGCUAUGGCUCGCCGGCUGUCGAUGUCUCUGGCUCGCCCUGUUUAUGUCUGCAGUGGCAUAGUGUUCGACCGUUUCACGAUGCCACUAGUAGAACGCGGACUUAUUGCCGAAAUUAAAAGUAGGCCAGAAUGUUUCUAA